UCCUGGACUCGGAGGGGUGGGCACCUCGCCGGCGCAGACCUUGAACUUUCCUCGCUCCAGUGAUUCCUGGGGUGCGGAGUAAAAGCCUUACCUGUCAUUUGCUAAUUAAACGAACAGGUUGCAGCUCGCGGGGGUUUUCCUUAAAAAAGCAAACUUGAGGCUUCGGGUGUUUACUAACUUCAUGGUGGCCAAAUCGAGCCCUGUGAGGGUUCCUGGGGGGAUCCCGCGGGCCCACAAGUGUCUGACCCACGGGUGACACUUGGGCUGCCAUUAUUCGCCUACUCGCUGUGGAACUGUCACCCGACCUGGGAGGGGACCCGGUCCGUUAGGGAGGGGCUCCGUGGGUCCCCCGCUUUGGCCGUCAGAUAACGUAUGGAUCCUGGGAAUAGCUACCUUUGUCCACUGUUGGGGACAGAAGGGCUCAACUGCGGGGCCUGAUCCCAAGCCAGGAGCUGGAUCUGGAGAACCCCAGGUCAGAAUUGAGGCGAGGACUCCAGACAACGGUGCACUACGGAGCUGAAGUUGUGAAGGAUGGGUAAAGACUUCCGUUACUAUUUCCAGCACCCCUGGUCUCGCAUGAUUGUGGCCUACUUGGUGAUCUUCUUUAACUUCUUAAUAUUUGCGGAGGACCCGGUUUCUCACAGCCAAACAGAAGCCAAUGUUAUUGUUGUUGGAAACUGUUUUUCAUUUGUAACAAAUAAAUACCCUAGAGGAGUUGGCUGGAGGCUCCUGAAGGUGCUUCUAUGGCUACUGGCCAUUCUCAUAGGACUAAUAGCUGGCAAAUUUCUGUUCCAUCAGCGUUUGUUUGGAAAAUUGCUCCGGUUAAAAAUGUUUCGAGAGGACCACGGGUCCUGGAUGACAAUGUUCUUCAGCACAAUUCUCUUCCUCUUCAUCUUUUCUCACAUCUACAACACGAUUCUUCUGAUGGAUGGGAACAUGGGAGCAUAUAUCAUCACGGACUAUAUGGGCAUCCGAAACGAAAGUUUCAUGAAACUAGCUGCGGUGGGAACCUGGAUGGGGGACUUUGUCACUGCUUGGAUGGUCACAGAUAUGAUGCUUCAGGACAAACCCUAUCCUGACUGGGCAAAGUCUGCAAGAGCAUUCUGGAAGAAAGGAAAUGUUAGGAUCAUUUUAUUCUGGACGGUUCUGUUCACCCUGACGUCUGUGGUGGUGCUUGUCAUCACGACUGACUGGAUCAGCUGGGAUAACUUGAAUCGGGGAUUUCUGCCCAGUGAUGAAGUUUCCAGAGCAUUCCUGGCCUCUUUCAUCUUGGUCUUUGACCUACUUAUUGUCAUGCAGGACUGGGAAUUCCCACAUUUCAUGGGGGAUGUCGAUGUUAAUCUCCCCGGGCUCCACACUCCACACAUGCAGUUCAAGAUCCCUUUCUUAAAGAAAAUCUUCAAAGAAGAAUAUCGUAUUCACAUAACAGGUAAAUGGUUUAACUAUGGAAUUAUCUUUCUUGUCUUGAUAUUGGAUCUUAAUAUGUGGAAGAAUCAGAUAUUUUAUAAGCCUCAUGAAUACGGACAGUAUAUCGGCCCAGGACAGAAGAUAUAUACAGUGAAAGACUCAGAAAGUUUAAAGGAUUUAAAUAGAACCAGGCUAUCCUGGGAAUGGAGAUCCAAUCACACUAACCCACAGACAAAUAAAACAUAUGCUGAGGAGGACUUGUUCUUACAUAGCAGGUUCAUAGGGGCUAGCCUUGACAUCAAAUGUCUGGCUUUCAUUCCAAGUUUGAUAGCCUUUGUGUGGUUUGGAUUCUUCAUCUGGUUCUUUGGACGGUUUCUGAAAAAUGAGCAAGGCAUGGAGAACCAAGACAAGACUUAUACUCGCAUGAAAAGGAAAUCCCCAUCAGAACAUAGCAAAGACAUGGGAAUCACACGUGAGAACACCCAGGCCUCCGUGGAAGACCCGUUGAAUGACCCUCCCUUGGUCUGCAUCAGAUCUGACUUCAAUGAGAUUGUCUACAAGACUUCCCACCUAACGUCGGAAAACUUGAGCUCACACUUGAACGAAUCUACCAGCACUACAGAAGCUGACCCAGAUCCAAUGACUUCUAAAAGUACGUCUACAAACUAGGCUCACUUACUUGACGAUAGCACAAAAAGCAACCUGGAGUGUCCCUUUAAAGAGUUAGUCUUUCCUUUUGUAAAUGUAAGGUUUACGUAGUCUUAGGUCAAGGAAUACCAACAAAGCCACAACGGUGCUCAAUAUGCUUUUUCUAGGACUCAUUGUUUUCUAUUUGUAUUAUGAGACACGUGCCUACUGUCUAUCUAACGGUCCUCUAGAGACUGCUUUUCACAACUGCACAAGCUAUUUACUGACUUGACAGCAUAGUAGAAUAUUAGCUGAUUACCUGUGUAUCUGAUGUUCAACCAUAGUGGUGCCUUGAGACAUUAAACUGUUUUUAACUGUACCAGAAAUGAAGAGUGGAACAGUUCUCUAACCUACUUCACAUAGGUUUUUUGUAUCCAAUACUUUGAUCUACACUUGAUGUCUGAGCAGGACACAGAAUAGCCAAGAUGUGGCUCAGGAAGUGUUUCUUGGCUUAUGAUGCAGCGGCAGAACUACUGACUUUGACAGAGACUACAGAGAAGCAUGGUGAUCACCUUCACAUUUUGGUUGGCUGCCUACAAAUCCAAAUCCAGAUGCAAAAUCCAGUAACAGGAGAAGGAUAAUCUAGCAUGGGUCACUACUUGUGAAAUGUGACUUUCUCCAACCAGUAAUUGCAAUUAGAUGAUAAUACCUAAUUAUGUUUUCCUAAUUAAAGAUAAAUUGCGACUUGAUUAAAUUUCCUGCCCUCGCCUUUGGGAACAAAGGUUAAGAGGCACAGUUGGGUGAAUUCUCAAAGUUAUUGGCAUUUACACAAAGCCCUAGAAAACAGAAGAACUGAAGUUUUAAUCUUGCGAGGGUUGUAGAUCCUACCAUCGACUAUGUUUGUACAUCUUUCUGUAAACAUGGCUCAGGACAGUGAAAAUUGAGAAACAUAUGCCAACCCUGGCAAGGGGACUCCUCUCAAAAUCAUGCAGCAGAACCACGGGAGGUAGAAAAAGACAUGCAUGAAAGAAUCUGUUUAGUGGCUUGUACGUGUGCAUUUUUUUCUUUUUUUUUAAGAAUUAAACAUUGCAUAUUAAUAAAUAAGAAUUAUAAAUCAGCA